ACAUUAGUACCCUCAGUUGUGUUGCGAACUUUCACGUUUUAAGAUGAAAAUUUGUGCAAUUAUCUUGUUACUUGUGACUGCUGCAGAGUCUUUCUUAAAUUGUACCUACUCUCUGAAUCAUAUCACAUACCAAUGUGACUUAACAAUCAUCAAUCCAAAUGGAUUAAAUAACUUUACCGAAAUUGGAGGCGUUCAUCUGGAGAACUUCACAAAUGAUGAAGUAACAAGGCUCUUAGUCAUGCGUAACGCUGACAGUAUUAGCACCAAUGUACCGAGUAUCAUUUGUGCCACAUUUCCAAAUCUCGCCUGGAUUGAGCUAACUACCAUUGGACUGACUGAAAUCGGUGAUGAUGAUAUCGCUAGUUGUUCACAACUCGUUCGUCUUCGUUUGGGUUCCAACAACAUCAGAGCGAUUUCUGGAAACGCAUUGAUGAGACUGGCUGGUCUUGAGGAAAUUAGUUUCGGUCGCAAUAAUCUUACGACACUUCCGGAAAAUGUGUUUGUCAAUCAAAUAAAUCUGCAACGUUUGGACCUCCAAUUCAAUCCGUUGGACACCAUUCCUGACGGCCUUCUCCAACCUCUCGAAAAGCUUGAUACGUUUUUCAUCACAAGCAUUGAUGAGGUGAAGAGCCAAUGGUUUGUUAACACAAGACUACAGACUUUAUGGGUGACAGAUAGUAGAGUUGCUGCGUUACCCGACAGUUUUAUUGGAUUGGAAAAUGUACGAACAUUCCUUUUUAUUAACAACGAAAUCAGCGAGAUCCGAUCUGGCGGAUUCAGCGGACUAACAAAACUUGAAGUAUUAUACCUAAAUGGCAACAAGUUAACUGAACUCCAAGCAGACACAUUCUUAGGACUCAAAAAUUUGAUCCAUCUGUUCGUCAGCAAUAAUCCAAUCGAAUUAAUUAAUGAAAACGCUUUUCGAGGACUUGAUAGCCUGUCGACGCUAAACAUGGAAGUCUGUCGAUUACGCCAAAUUCAGUCAAAUUCGUUCCAUCAUCUGCCUAGACUGACUUCAAUCUCUCUAUCCAUCAACCAAAUUGAAGAACUUCCAGAAGGUGUUUUCAGCGCAUUCGAUCUACGAAGCAUUAGCGUAUCGCAGAAUCAGCUUCAAAGUCUCCACAGAAAUAGUUUCGGGUCAUUAAGGAAUUUAGACUGGUUUGCGGUGGGUUCGAAUAACAUCCAAGCAGUUAAUGCAACAAUCAUUGAUGAUGCCGUUCGGCUAAAUAAUUUUUUCUUCUUCGACAAUUCGUGUGCAAGUUUCAGUUCUAGAGACUUCGUAGCCAAUCGGACUGAACUGCUGCCGGAACUUAAGGAUUGUUUCGACAACUAUGAAACAUUAUUGAUACAACAACCGAUGGUAAUGGGGAAACAACAACCGUCUCUACAGUUAAAAAGAAGCGGGAGAGACCACAACCUAGGAUACUUGGUACACCCAGUGAAAUGAACAUCUAUUCUUAAGCUUAAUACAUUUUGUUUUCCCAAAUUAUUUGAUAGUGGUGGUGAUGGUGGUGAAGGUAUAAUAAAGAUUCGAUUGGUCAUUUAAA